CAACAGCUUAGGAGAAACAUUCAGAUAUACCAAGAUAGUUAUUGCAAACAAAAUACAAGAUAUUCACAGCAAGAUGUGGCACAAAAUAUGGAAUCUACUUAUUCUAAGGACGAUUAUGGGAAAUUAUUCAGUAUGAAACAAUCUGAUGCAAAACACAUCAAAGAUAAUGCUUUCAGUAUGAAACUGUCAAAUAAAGAAGACAAUAAAGUGAAUUCAUUCAGUAAGAAACUGUCUGACGCUACGGCUAUCAAAGGCAAUUCAUUCAGUAUGAAACUGUCUGAUGCUACGACUAACAAAGAGAAUUCAUUCAGUAUGAAACUGUCUGACGCCGACGACAGCGAUAAGAAUUCUUUCAAUAUGAAAUUGUCUAACGCGGACGACAGCGAUGAGAAUUUAUUCAGUUUGAAACUGUCUGAUGCGAACGACAGGGAUGAAAAUUUAUUCAGUAUGAAACUGUCUGACGCGGACGGCAGGGAUAGGAAUUCUUUCAAUAUGAAACUGUCUGACGCGGACGACAGCGAUGAGAAUUCAUUCAGUAUGAAACUGUUUGACGCAGACGACAGGGAUGAAAAUUUAUACAGUAUGAAACUGUCUGACGCCGACGACACCGAGAGGAAUUCUUUCAAUAUAAAACUGUCUGACGCGGACGAAAGCGAUGGGAAUUCAUUCAGUAUAAAACUGUCUGACAUGGUCGACAGCAAUGGGUAUUUAUUCAGUAUGAAACUAUCUGACGCCGCCGACAGCGAGGACAAUUCAUUCAGUAUGAAACCGUCUGAUGCGGACGACAGCGAUGAAAAUUCAUUCAGUAUGAAACUGUCUGACGCGAACGACAACAUCGGGAAUUCAUGCAGUAUGAAACUGUCUGACAAGGACGACAGCAAUGGGAAUUCAUUCAGUAUGAAACUGUCUAAUGGCGAUGACAGGGAUAGGAAUUCAUUCAGUAUGAAACUGUUUGUCGCCGACGACAGCGAUGGAAAUUUAUUCAGUAUGAAAGUGUCUGACGCCGACGACAGCGACGAGAAUUCAUUCAGUAUGAAACUGUCUGACACCGAAGAAAGCGAUGAGAAUUCAUUCAGUAUGAAACUGCCUGACGCCAACGACAAAGACAGGAAUUUAUUCAGUAUGAAACUGUCUGUCGCCGACGACAGCGAUGGAAAUUUAUUUAGUAUGAAAGUGUCUGACGCCGACGACAGCGACGAGAAUUCAUUCAGUAUGAAACUGUCUGACACCGAAGAAAGCGAUGAGAAUUCAUUCAGUAUGAAACUGCCUGACGCCAACGACAAAGAUAGGAAUAUAUUCAGUAUGAAACUAUGUGACGCCGACGACAGCGAUGAUGAGAAUUCAUUCAGUAUGAAACUGUCUGACGCCGAAGACAGCGAUGAGAAUUUAUUCAGUAUGAAACUGUCUGACACUGACGACAAAGAUAGGAAUACAUUCAGUAUGAAACUAUGUGACACCGACGACAGCGAUGAUGAGAAUUCAUUCAGUAUGAAAAUGUCUGACGCCGAAGACAGCUAUGAGAAUUCAUUCAGUAUGAAAUUGUCUGACGCCAACGACAAAGAUAGGAAUACAUUCAGUAUGAAACUAUCUGACACCGAAGACAGCGAUGGGAAUGCAUUCAGUAUGAAACAGUCUGACACCGAAGACAGCAAUGGGAAUGCAUUCAGUAUGAAACUGUCUGACGCCAACGGCAAAGAUAAGAAUUAUUUCAGUAUGGAAGUAUCUGACGCCGACGACAGCGAUGAUGAGAAUUCAUUUAGCAUGAAAUUGUCUGACGCCGACGAAAGCGAUGGGAAGACUUUCGGUAUGAAACUGUCUGACGCCGACGACAGCGAUAGGAAUUUAUUCAGUAUGAAACUGUCUGACGCCGUCGACAGCGAUUGGAAUGUAUUUAGUAUGAAACUAUCUGACGCUGACGACACCGAUGGGAAUUUAUUCAGUAUGAAACUGUCUGACGCCGGCGACACCGAGAGGAAUGUAUUCAGUAUGAAACUGUCUGACGCCGUCGACAGCGAUAGGAAGUUAUUCAGUAUGAAACUGUCUGACGCCGACGACAGCGAUGGGAAUAUAUUCAGUAUGAAACUGUCUGACGCUGACGACAGCGAUGGGAAUUUAUUUAGUAUGAAACUGUCUGACGCUGAAGACAGCGAUAGAAAUUUAUACAAUAUGAAAAUAUCUGAUGCGAAGGCUAAAAAUGAUAUCUCAUUCAGUAUGAAAUUGACUGAUGCAAGAGUCAGCAAAAAUGAUGCAUUUAGUGCGAAACUGUCAGACGUAGAGGUGAGCAAAAGAAAUUCAUUUAGUAUGAAACUGGUUGAUGCAAAGGUUGACAAAAGGAAUUCAUUCAGUAUGAAACUGUCAGAUACCAGAAAGUACAGUAGUAAUAACAAAGGUCAUGUACAUUUAGCUACUGCUAGUCAUGCCAACGAAAGUGAAUCAUACGAGGAAAGUUGGUUUCAGACAGCGAAUACUCUUCGAAAAAAUAUUGCAGACGAAAUAAUAAUAUUCUUCAAAAAUUGGAAAGAAACUAUUCAGAUUUUCUCAAAAGAAUAUAUGUCUGAUUUACAGUUUGUGAAAUUAUUUCCUCGAAUGGCAGACGAAACAUCACUUAAAGCGAUAGGCUCAACAGACAUAUUUCUAAAGCUCUUUUGGCCUUUUGUAUACGAAACUGGAUUCAUGAAUCAAAAACUUGGACUUUUCGGUUUAUCGACAGUGGACGUACCACAUCAUGAACAGAAAACAACUUUUUAUUCUGCAGUUGAGAAGUCUCUUCAGCUUGGAAUACCGUUCUCUGAACGUGAAGUUAUAUACAGUUUUGACGAGAAUUCCAAGCUUAUUAUUAAUCUGAACAGUUCAGGACUACUGAAAAACAGUGAAGCGUUCAUGGACGCUAAACGACAUCUUUUCAAUCGUGACGAACGUGCGGAAAUAACAAAGAAAAUGGACGUUGCAAUGAAAUAUUUGCAUGAUACAACGCCUGAGUUACACCGCACCAUUAUUCAGCUUGUAGCUUGUUUUGCAUUUUAUAAGUCAGAAGAACGCGUGCAUGUGGGUGGUACAUCAUGCUCAACACCUGGCGUCAUUUGGCUUGAUCCGAGUGGUCUACAGAAUGCCUCAGUUCAGUUCUUUGUUGAGCAGAUAGUGCAUGAAUACAUACAUAAUUCCUUAUGUUAUGCAGAGAUGGUACACGGGAUUUUCUCAGAUCAUUCAGAUUUGCCAAAUGCCAAAUCGGUAUCAUCUAUUCGACGCGAGCUUCGGAACUACGACAAGAGUUUUCAUGCAGCAUACGUUUCAACAGGUCUUGUUGCGUUCCACGCAAGAGCUGGAAGCUUAAAGAGGGCUGAAGAAUUGGUUCCAGCACUCCGGAUAUCUGUCGAUGAUCUGGUGAAAGUCAACAAACAAACGGGGAUACUGACCGAAUCUGGAGGAGCCAUGUUGCAAGCUAUGGUCGACUUCCUCAAAGUCAUUCUCCUCUACUGAUGAUACCAAUUUUCCUAUUGUAAUGGUAAUAAUAUUCCUAUUGUAAAAACGAAAGUUCUUUUUAUGUACACUACGUUAGGCUGGUGAUGCCUUAGUAUUUUGAUUUCUUGUCGCCAUGACUAUUAAAAAGAUCCCUAGUGGAUCUGCAUGGUCGUUGCGACUUUUAAUAUAAUCUCUGUGAAUUGUAACGAUUGUAACAUUAAGCAAAAUAUUUACGUAACACAUGAUAAAGUUAAACAAGAGUUCCCAUUAAGGUGGAAUAAUACGCCCGUUCGGAUUUAUGCAAAAUAGGACAGGCCAGUAAAAGUGGGCAUUUAAACAACAAUUCAUUUUGAGGUAUGUGUAUGUGUUGGUAGUGUGUGUGUGUGUGCGUGUGCGUGUGGAGGGCUCCUCAAGUAAAACUUACUAAUUCUGUAAAUUAUGAAAGCUACAGCUAUUAUACGUAAGAGCCCAGAAAUGAUAAAUGAAUCAUUUUGUAAUGUUUGAAAACUGCAGAUGUUAUACAUAAAUUGAAAGUUUAUGAAUAAGAGCCGGGGUCACUGUGACCUUUUACUUAUCGAGCGACCCCAAAAAUUUGGGACCUUCCUGAAGUAGUGCUUAGUUGAAUAGUGUGUCUUAUAGCCCUUGUAGUAGAGACAUUACAACAUUAUAGCUCCGCCU